AUGACAUCUAGAAUAAUUUUAAUUAAAGAAUUGGCUACAAUAUCAAGUCUUUCGACUAACGUGGAGCAGCAACUAAGAUAUCAACUACUUCAGAUAGAACACCGCACGUAUCUGUGGCUAUAUUUAGCUAUUGAUGAUAUCCACAACAGAUUCCAGGAAAGCCUUGACCCCACUAAGAUGUCCAUUAAAUUAAUACCAUCUUCCGUAAAUGAAGCAUAUAAGAGGAUUCUCGCUCGAGUCCCACUUAACCAAGUUAAUACGGUGAGAUUAAUUCUUCAGAUUAUUGUUAGUGCCCGGCGUCCUUUGACAAUACAGGAAAUGGGAAUGGCAUUGGGAAUAGGGAGGUCUUCCAGGUCGCAAACUGCAGCAAAGGCUAGGAUAAAUCCAGGAAUCUUGGUUCAAAGAGUACGGCGAUUAUGCGGCCUAUUUGUAUUUGUCAACAACUCAAAGAUCUAUCUCAUACACCAGACAGCCAGGGAGUUUCUUGUUAAGAGAAAUAUAGCCCACAAACCUAGCUCAAGGUACUCCUUCCAAUGGCAAGACGCCGAAAGAACAAUGUCUCAAAUCUGCAUUCGAUACUUGGGGAUGGAUGACUUGGAAGCCAACCAAGAACAAACAGAAUCUGAUAUACAAUGUUUUCUGUCAUAUUCAGCAGAGUACUGGGCUGACCAUGUUCGAGGGAUGUCCUCGUCACAACAGCAAGAAAUGGUUGAUCUGGUACAUGGCGUAUACAGCACCACAACGGGGAGAUAUAGAAUGUGGUUCCCUAUAUUUUGGAAAUCUGUUGGGUUAUUUGACGGGUAUCAUGCAAGGCGGUCGUUGCCCAAAUUGGAUGCAGUACACCUGGCGGCUUUCAACGGACAUAGCCAUGUGUUAAGAUUGAUCAUCACAUCAGAGGAGAAUACUAUAAACAAAAAGGAUAGCACUGGAGCUACUGCUUUGAUGUGGGCCUCAUAUAAUGGCUACUAUGAGGCUGUGGAAAUGCUGUUGAGCAAAGGAGCCGAUAUCAACGCUCAAGGUCGACAAUAUGAAACUGCCCUGCAGGUUGCUUGUUGCAGAGGACAUGACCAGGUCGUUCAGAUACUAUUGGAGAAAGGAGCCAAUAUCCACCAUUUCAGUGGAAAAUAUGGAAAUGCCCUGCAGGCUGCCUCUCUCGGAGGACAUGACCGGAUCGUUCAGAUGAUAUUGGAGAAAGGAGCCUAUGUAAACAUAUCUGGUGGAUAUGGUGGAACUGCCCUGCAGUAUGCUUGUCUCGGAGGACAUGACCAGGUCGUUCAGAUACUAUUGGAGAAAGGAGCCAAUAUCCACCAUUUCAGUGGAAAAUAUGGAAAUGCCCUGCAGGCUGCCUCUCUCGGAGGACAUGACCGGAUCGUUCAGAUGCUAUUGGAGAGAGGAGCCGAUGUCAACGCUGGUGGUGGACACGAUGGAUCUGCCCUGCAGGCUGCUUCUUCGGAAGGACAUGUCCAGAUUGUGCAGAUGCUGUUGGAGAAAGGAGCCGAUGUCAACGCUGAUGGUGGACACUUUGGAUCUGCCCUACAGGUUGCUUCUUCCAAAGGACAUGUUCAGAUUGUGCAGAUGCUGUUGGAGAAUGGAGCUAAUGUCAAUGACGUGGUGCUGCCGGAUGUUAGUGGCAAGGUUCAUUCUCGUUUUCCUGUGGGCUGCGUUUCAAGUUAA